AUGACGUCCAGUACAAGUAAAGAGAACUUGUUGCAGCCCUCUACGCUUCAGGAAGCCAUUAACGUAAUCAAGUUCCUAACCUCUUCCCAUAAACAAGAAAUAACGAAGUUAAAAGAGGCUCAUAUAAAACAAGCCGAGACAAUUAAAAAGCUCGAAGACAAUAGAAAGAAAGAAUUAGAGUUUUUAUCAAAAGAACUAGAAAAUUAUGAAUUAAACUUAGCUAUAAGGACGGAAGCAGUAAACAAACAAUUAGCUCAAAAAGAUGAAAUUAUAAAAAAGCAACAAAAUAUUAUAGAAGAUUUAACAAAUAAAAUCAAAGUUAAAGAAGCACUGAGUAUACCGGAAAUCUCAAUAAGCGUAGAAUCGAAUUCUGACUCCGGAGUUGCUUUGGAUGUUGAAGACACUAUAUCAAAGUCAAAGGAUGGAAAAGGUGCUGCAAAAGCGACGCGAAAAGGAAGCCGCCGGUUCGCAGACUCUAUUAGCUUCUUGCGUAGGGUUGACUUUUCACCCAUGAAGUAUAAACCUAGUAAUCGCGAGGGGACUAAAAAGAAAGAUGAAAAAAAGAAAACUCUCGAUGUACCCAGAACGGAAUCAAGGGUUCUCAUCCGACAAUUAAGCUCAGAAAAGGCUAGUGAUGAAGAUAGACACUUAUCGGAAGAUAUAGAUUCGAUUCUGUCCGAUGAUACAAUGAACACUUCAUUAAUUAUAAGACCAAAGAAACUAGAUGAAAGUAUGAAUAAUCAUUUCUCAGACGAUGGAAGUGAAGACACCAGUGAAGAACUAUUCGACCGGGUCAUGGUGAGAAGCAGCGUCAGAAGAUCAGUCAAAGCAAAUCCGAAGUACAAAAAGAUAAAUCGAACGAAAUCGAAACUACUCGAACAAGUGAAAAUUAAUAUUGUAGAUUAA